CAGAAAUCGUUUUGUGCAAGGCAUAGCUGUUUUGUCACAUUAUCAAGAAUGGCUCUCCUGUCAUCAGCUCAACGGGCGCUGGCUGUGCGCGCUUCAUCCGACGAUGCCUUCGCUGCGUACAAGCCCACCGUUGCCGCGCUGUUCCCCGGCCAGGGCGCCCAGAGCGUUGGCAUGGCCAAGGACCUGGUCGCAACCGUCCCCGCCGCCAAGGAGAUGUUCGACAAGGCAUCUGAAAUCCUGGGUUACGACCUCCUUAAGAUGUGCGUGGAGGGUCCCAAGGACAAGCUCGACUCCACCGCCAUCAGCCAGCCCGCCAUCUACGUCGCCUCGCUGGCCGCAGUGGAGAAGCUGCGCGCCACGGAGGGGCAGGCUGCCAUUGACGCCAUCGAUGUGGCUGCGGGUCUGAGCCUGGGCGAGUACACGGCGCUGGCCUUCGCGGGAGCCAUGAGCUUCGAGGACGGUCUGCGGCUGGUGAAGCUGCGCGGCGAGAGCAUGCAGGCGGCUGCGGACGCGCGCCCCUCCAGCAUGGUGUCCGUCAUCGGACUGGACUCGGCCAAGGUGGCGGAGCUGUGCAAGGCCGCCACCGCCGAGGCGGGUGAGGACAAGCCCGUCAAGAUCGCCAACUUCCUGUGCCCGGGCAACUACGCGGUGUCGGGCAGCAAGGAGGGCUGCGACGCGGUGGAGAGGCUGGGCAAGAGCUUCGGCGCGCGCAUGACUGUGCGUCUGGCGGUGGCCGGCGCCUUCCACACCGAGUACAUGUCCCCCGCCGUGGAGCGGCUGCAGGCAGCGCUGGCGGCCACGCAGCUGGUGGCGCCGCGCAUCCCCGUGGUGUCCAACGUGGACGCGCAGCCGCACUCCGACCCGCAGGUCAUCAAGGACAUCCUGGCGCGACAGGUCACUUCUCCCGUGCUCUGGGAGAACACCAUCAAGACCUUCCUGGACAAGGGCCUCACCAAGAGCUACGAGAUCGGGCCGGGCAAGGUCAUUGCGGGCAUCGUCAAGCGGUUGGACAAGGGGGCGACCAUCGUCAACAUUACAGCUUAAGCACGUUGUGACAUUGAUGUUGCCGCUCAUGUAACGGUCUCGGCGAUGCCUUUUUCCGCCCGCAGUUUAAGCACGGUUUACGGUUUAUGUGAGCACCGCAGCUACACCUAGAGC